AUGAACUUUCACAUUCCAAUAUGGCUGCGCCCUGUUAAACAGUUUGUUAUGAAGCAUCGUUCUUGUUUUUUUGUUGUUAUUUAAUUAUUUUGAUUAGACAUUUAUUUUUCGAUUUCUAAUUCAACGUCGGAUAUUUUGAUUAUGAACAUGUUUGAUAUACUCGUUUAAAGCUUAUAAUCAAAUAUUAACUCGUUAUGUUUUUACUUAAUACUUAAUCAUUACUUAAUAAUAGUAUAAAAAAUAGGAUUUACAGUCUCGCUGAUGACAAAAUAUGUUGGGGUUUCUGUCAGCUAGACAUAUUGGAUUAGAUGACCCUCUUCGUCUCAAACGAGUUGAAAUUACGAGAAGGGUGCUCAGCUUGGAGUUAAACAAAGACAGGGAUGUGGAACAGAUUCAUGGGAAUGGUGUGAACACUCUUGAUAUCGAAGCUAUUGAAGGAAGAUACAUGUUAUCAGGUGGGGCAGAUGGAGUCAUUGUCAUUUAUGACCUUGAGAAUUGCAGCAGGAAGCCGCAGUAUACAUGCAAAUCAGUAUGUACAGUGGGCAGAUCCAAUCGCCAUGUACACCAGUUCAGUGUGGAGACAGUGCAGUGGUAUCCACAUGACACUGGCAUGUUCACCUCAAGCUCCUUUGAUAAGACUCUGAAAGUAUGGGACACAGAGACUUUACUUCCGGCUGAGGUUUUCCAUUUUGAAGGGAAUGUAUAUUGUCAUCACAUGUCUCCCAUUGCAAGGAAACAUAGUUUGAUAGCAGUUGGUACCAAAGACCCCAAAGUACAGCUCUGUGACUUGAAGUCUGGUUCCCGUAUACACAUUCUACAGGGUCACAGGGGCGAAGUGCUGUCGGUGAAGUGGUCCCCUCGAUACGAACACAUUCUGGCAACAGCAAGCACUGACAGCAGAGUGCGACUGUGGGAUGUGAGGAAAGCUUCAGGAAGUUUGUUCACGCUAGACCAGCAUAAUGAUGAGAAGUCCAAAGCAUCUUCAGAGGCAGCUAACACGGCACAUAACGGUCGUGUCAAUGGGCUGUGCUUUACCGGUGAUGGGCUCUACCUCCUGACCACUGGCACAGACGACCGCAUGAGACUCUGGAACAGCUCUACUGGGGAGAACACACUGGUUAACUACGGCAAAGUCUCCAAUGAAAGCCGUAAAGGCCUGAAGUUUACUGUCUCCAGCGGUUGCAGUCCAGAGUUUGUAUUUGUACCCUGUGGUGGUACUAUUGCAAUGUAUGCCCUUUAUACAGGUGAACUGAUAACCAUGCUCAGGGGGCACUAUAACAAUGUGGACUGCUGUGAAUUCCAUCCUGAUUUCCAGGAUCUAUACAGUGGGGGCAAGGACUGCAACAUCCUUGCCUGGGUUCCAACCCCUCGCAAUCCUGCUAUAGAAAAUGAGGAUGAAGGGUCCAAAAAAACUGGAGGACAGUCAAGCUUCAAUCCUGCUUUUCAAGAUGCUUGGAGCAGCAGUGAUGAGGAGGGAUGAACCUCUGCUAUCACUGAAUGAUGGACUUUUUAUUGAACUGUAAACUCAUGAAAAGGAGGACAAGACUGCAAUAUCUAAAGAUAAUGCACUAUAUGAAAAGAUUUGUAUCUAAUCUUAAAAAACAAAAAAAAAAAAUCAUGCCUAGGUAUGUGUUACCUUGUAGUAACAA